AUUUUUCGCGCUAUUCUAGGACGUUUUGAAAAAUAAUAUUCUCUGGUACCGGAAUUAUAAGUCGACAUGAGCCAUGAUAAUGGUCUUCCGUCGCGUGAUUCGCCAUCCUGAUUUAACCUGGUUGCCGCUUUUAAAAACUUAUCGUCCUGAUGAGGUGACAAAGUGUCGAGAGAGUAAAUUGUGAAAACUCUCGGAUUUUCGUACAAAGCAACCGGUUCUAAGUGUAAACAUGUGUUCUUUCUGUUUUUAAUGAGUAUAUUUACCAAGUACGAAAAUGGCUCAGGAUACUGACGAUAUCAAUUUGACUCCUCAAGAAUUACAAAUACUAUCUGAGUUAGACAGUCGGCAGUUUGGAUUUUUAAAAUUAAAUUCACCAGAGCAAACAAAGAAAAAAGCUUUAGUUGUUCGUGCAAUUAAGUAUUUAGAAAGAAUGUUAGUUCAAGCACAAGCUGAAAAUCAACGUAGAAAAGCAGAUAGUACAAAAAUAAAUCCCGAUGAAUUAAAGGAUGAUGAUGAAGAUAAAGGAAUUAGUAUUGAUCCUAAAACAUACUGUAAAUUAGGACAUUUUCAUUUACUUUUAGAAGAUUAUAGCAAAGCCAUGUCAGCAUAUCAAAAAUUUUAUUCUUUAAAAGGAGAUUAUUGGAAGGAUGCUUCAUUUUUAUAUGGUCAAGGACUUGUUUAUUAUCACUUCAAUGCUUUUCAAUGGGCCGUGAAAGCAUUCCAGCAGGUGCUAUGGGUGGAACCAGGAUUUCCACGAGCCUGCGAGGUUCACCUACGGCUCGGCUUGAUGCUGAAGGUCCACGCUGACUUUGAUGCCGCCUUGAAGCACCUGACACUCGCUUUGAUCGAUGCCACGACACCUGCCUCUUUUUCCAAGCUUGAAAUAAAAUUUCACAUAGCUCAUUUAUACGAAGUCCAAGGGAAAUAUCGUCUUGCUAAAGAACAUUACGAGGCAUUGCUCAAGGAAAAAACUCUGCCUUCGCACCUGAAGGCCGACAUUUGUCGUCAAUUAGCAUUUCCGGAAUGCUUCGUGCCGCAUCGUUUCAAAGACGACUAAAAAUCCAUAUCGCUCAGCUACUAUUCAGCCAACUAUUCCCUCUACCUUUUUCGAAGAUAUUUCUACUUUUUUUUAAAAAACGUUGAAAAUGCAAAGCACGAGAGGAUGAAAUAUUCAAAGUGUCGAUGCAUUAAGGCCGUAUGCACUCCGCAACCGGAUGAAAUGUGUGUUACGAACGUACUCGGCCGCCGUUUAAUGAGGUGGUAUGCACUACGUGACACGGCAGGUAGAACCGAAAGAUUAUACAGGUCAAGCUGCACGUUGCUGCUGACCCACUUGCGCGUCGCAAAAUCCCUCGACACAUGGAAGGUUGUUCGAAUAGAAACGCCUCAAAGGAAACGAGGAGGAGAAUCGUUGGUAAGCUCUUCGAGGGGAGAGUCACGGACUUUUACUUUCACUUGCCGGAUCACCAAAAUUGGAAAUUAUUUCGUUUCAGUGAGGGAACAAUUGGAAAAUUGCUGAGAAGAAGAAUUCGUUUCGCAUCGAAGCGUGAGAGGAUAAAUAUUUCAUCUCGAAAUAAAAGG